AUGUCGGCCAGCAUAGAUGUCGAGAAGAUUUUGCAGAAGGCUCGCGACAGGCAGGCCCGAGUGGACCGGAAGUCAUCCGGCACAUCGAGACAAUGGUCCUACGACAGCUCCAAAGAGGACGCUCAGAACCCGUGGCCCGAUGUCGAGGAGUCGCCGCCUGGAAAGAAAGAGUCGCCCCCUGGAAAGAAAGAGUCCCCCGCCGCUGGAAAGAAAGAGUCCCCCACCGCUGGAAAGAAAGAGUCACCCGCUGGAAAGAAAGAGUCCCCUGCUGGAAAGAAAGAGUCCCCCAAUCGAAAGACAGAGUCAGCCACAGCAGCAGAGGAAAUCAGCCCGAGAGGGAAGCGAUCAUUCCAAAGUGGCAAGGCAGGCAAGCAACCGCUUCGUACAGAUUCCAUGCAGACAGAGGUGGAGACGCCCCCUCCGAAAUUGAAGCGAGCCAACACCGAUGAGCUGACUGGUUCCACAAGCAAGAAAGUGAAGCAUGCUCUGACAAGGCCACAGACAGUUGACAAGAAAACAGCCAUGGAAAGGAAGGUCAGUGCCGAAGCAGCCCAAAAGAAGUUGGAGCAGGAGUUUGACGAUGCGGAGGAAACCCAGAAGGAUGAUCUCAACGAGCCCGCGAAAGCACGGGCUGCCCCGAGCCCGAGCGAUGAUGAGCCAAACGAGGGCAGCACAGCACGGUCGAGCAAUGACCCCAUGCCUGAGCCCAAGCCAGCCAAGUCCCCGAAGAAGCGGACCAAGCCAGAGUCCCCUGCAAAGCCCAAGCCCGUGGCCACAGACAACGACGAGAAGGAAGACGAGGAUCCCAACGAAAAGAAAAAGAAAGCCCACAAGCUGUACAUGAGCCGCUCCACGCCAAGCGAGAUCAAGAGUGCUUUCGAUCAGUCGAAGUACUGCAAGCACAAGAUGUCUUCUUUGUACGAAGACUUCUUGUCGGUGGCCGGCAAAUGGAGGGACAGUGUGGUGUACAAAACGAUCAAGCGCACCAAUCGCACUGGGCGCCGGGGCAUCCGGAGAUGGCUCACACGGCCUCAGCUGGAAAAUCACUUCCAGGAUUCCGCCAUAGUCGAUGCCAUUAUUGUCCGCAAGCAGACAGACGAGUACCUGAAGAAGACCGAAAUCAGAGAGCAUCCUGACUGCCCAGGACCAGUGGGACUGAUUCAAUACCUGGUGCUGAUUGAUGAAGAGCACACCGACGAAGAUCAGGACGAGAUUACCGACAUGUUCCGAGUGGAGGAGCAGGGCUCGUCAUCGGACGACGACGAUGACGACGACGACGAUGACGACGAGGAGGACGAUGGAGACAAGCCGAAGAAGGGUGGCAAGGGUGAGGAGACCAAGGAGGAGCAGGCCGAGAAAGAGAGAGUGAGAAAGAUCAAACAGGAAGCCAACAAGGCCAUCACUGCCCUCAGCAAAGCCAUCCGGGAGACCAACGACAAAAUUGCCGAGCUUUCUGGGAGCAAGAACAUCCAGGCGGCCCUUCGCAAGGACCUCAACGACUGCAUCUCCCAGCUGACUGCCUCGCGAGCAGAGUUGCAGUCUGCUUUGGAUGCCGGUGAGGAGGCCCGCAUCACCUCGAGCACCGAAGCCGCGAAAGAGCUGAUGAAGACGAUGCAGCAGCAAGACGCAGCCUCUGCCGCUCUGCCUGCACCGCUGCUCAAGAUGGGUUCCUUCAGUGGGCGAAACAAUGCUCGAGACUUCAAGCGAUCGAUUCGGCUUCCCGUGGAGCCCAUUUAUGUGGAGACGGUUGUCAAGGCAAAACACGAUUCGGAAGAAGAAGUAACUGUCAAGGUUCCCAUAUUGCCUCGUCAUCGCAUACUUGCAUAUCUGAUUGAUGAUUUGGGUCUGGAGAUCCCCGCAGGUGCUUUGCAAAAGUGCUGGUCUCAUGUCAAACAAUUUUGCCCGUGGGCUGCCAAUGACGAGCUCGAUGGAAGCCACAUCCCCCUAACACUUUACGGUGAUACCGCCAGAUAUGGCACAGGCUAUGAUCAAAGCAAAGUCACAGGUUGCUUUAUGAGUAUUGUGCUGUGGCGACCCAAAUCUACACGGAUGAGCCAGUGGUUGUUAUGGAACCUUGAAAGCGAGCUCAGUCUGGGCUGGAAAAGCCACAACCCCUUGUACUCUGCAAUUGUGCAAUGUCUGAAUGCUGCCUUCGAUGGUUUGACCCCUGAGGGAAACAAGUUGAGCAAGAAGUUUGUCGUUACACAAUUCAAGGGGGACUGGGAAUACCACUAUCAUACCUGGAGGCUCAAUCGGUGGUGGAAGACUAGGAUGUUUCUGGUUGAGAACGGUUACUUCGGAGACCCGAAUCCUGAUGUCAACUCGUUGCACAAGCUUUUGGUAGUUGCCUACCGCGACUUCAAAGCUUUCCAGAAGGAGCGAGGCUUGGUCUGUUCCCAAGGCAAGUUUGUGCCGAACUUUGUAUGGAAGCCUGACAAGCAUGGAGCCCACAUGUCGCACAAGGGCUACAACGGUAGAGUGAUUACGAUGUGGUUGGGCGAUUGUAUGGAAAGGGCGGCACGGCACUGCAUCAGCAACGGCCGUGAGUUUGGGCGAUGGCUACAGGAAAGGAAUGCAACACAGGGGAUCCCAUGGCCUGACGGCGACGAUGAGCGAUUCGCCCCGAUAUGUGCAGCAAUGAUUCUUGAAGCUAUUGGUUUUAACUUUCUGUAUCAUUUUGAGUUCCAACCUGAAGCAGAAAACAACCCAAUCAGCUCCUUUUCUACACCCAGCCGAAACCCAAGAAACCCCGAUAUUCUCAGGCAAUCGCUAUGCCAAUGGUUCAUCUCCGUGGAGAAAAGCCCCAUAUACCUGCCGCUCGGGUGCUGGUUGCCAAACUUUUUUGAAAGGUUUCGGGAUACUAGGUUUCAGUGUUGGGAAAGUCUUCGAUGCACUUUCAUUUGA